AAAGUUUUGAACAGUGCCUCCCCAAGAAGUGUGAUGAGAAAUGGCUUUAGGAAACAAUACCCAGAGAAGUUAUUCCAUCAUCCCCUGCUUCAUCUUUGUUGAGCUCGUCAUCAUGGCUGGGACUGUUCUGCUUGCUUACUACUUCGAGUACACUGACACUUUUCAGGUGCAUAUCCAAGGUUUCUUCUGUAAGGAUGGCAAUUUGAUGAAACCAUACCCUGGGACAGAGGAUGAGAGCUUCAUUUCACCACUUGUUCUCUACUGUGUGCUGGCUUCAACUCCAACAGCGAUUAUUUUUAUUGGUGAGAUAUCCAUGUAUUUCAUAAAGUCAACCCGAGAAACCCUCAUUAUUCAAGAGAAAACUAUUUUGACUGGAGAGUGCUGUUACCUGAACCCACUGCUUCGAAGAAUAAUACGUUUUAUAGGAGUGUUUGCAUUUGGACUUUUUUCCACUGACAUCUUUGUAAAUGCUGGCCAGGUUGUGACUGGGAACUUGGCUCCUUACUUCCUGACUGUGUGCAAACCCAACUACACUGGAAACGACUGUCGGGCCCACCACCAGUUCAUAAACAAUGGCAACAUCUGCACUGGGGAUGUGGAGGUGAUUGAAAAGGCCAGGAGAUCCUUUCCAUCCAAACAUGCUGCUUUGAGCAUCUACUCAGCUUUAUAUGCCACGAUGUACAUCACAAGCACAAUUAAAACAAAGAGUAGCAGGCUAGCCAAGCCUGUGCUGUGUCUGGGAACCCUGUGUGCUGCCUUCCUCACAGGGCUAAAUCGAGUGUCUGAGUAUCGAAACCACUGUUCGGAUGUGAUUGCAGGCUUCAUCCUGGGGAGUGCUGUAGCCUUGUUUCUGGGGAUAUGUGUUGUCCAUAACUUUAAGGGCAGUAAUGCAGCUCCUUCUAAACCGAAGCCUGAAGACCCACGAGGAAUGCCACUUAUGGCUUUUCCCAGGGUGGAAAGUCCUCUGGAGACACUGAGUGCACAGAAUCACUCUGCCUCUAUGACUGAAGUAACCUGAGAUGGGAGAUCGGCAACCGAAGCUAUUUUUUACUACCCUCCACUAAAUUCUCCAAGACACACAGUUACUAAAUGUCUAACUGUGAUAACCAGUAUUAUGUUAUGUCUAGUUAGAGGCUAAUGUUUUGUACUCUUUUUGUAUGAGGAAGUGAUGUAGCUUGCCCUGAUUUUUUGUCAGCUUUAAUAUUAUUAUGUCAGACUUCAAAAGCAAAAC